AUGUCAACAUUCGAGGCGGUUGUUUUGUGGGUGCUGCUAAUAUGUGCAGAUUUGAGCGACGGUGUAAAAUUUCCACCUGGUUUCCUAUUUGGUUCUGCCACGGCAUCGUAUCAAGUGGAGGGGGCGUGGAAUGUUAGUGACAAAGGCGAAAACACGUGGGACAGACUGGUUCACAGCAACCCCGAUGCAAUUAAAAACCGUGACAACGGGGAUGUGGCCUGCGACUCCUACCACAAUUGGAGGGAUGACGUUAAGAUCGCUUCCGACCUGGGGCUGCAUUUUUAUAGAUUCUCCAUAUCAUGGGCAAGGUUACUACCUACAGGGCUGCCUGACAGAAUAAGCGAAGACGGAAAAAACUACUAUAACAACCUCAUUGACGGACUCCUCGAGAAAGGAAUACAACCUUUAAUUACUCUGUAUCAUUGGGACUUGCCGCAACGGUUACAGGAUUUAGGUGGCUGGACAAAUCCCCUCAUAGUGGAGUGGUUCGCGGACUACGCGAGAGUAGCCUAUACUUUGUAUGCCGAUCGAGUUAAGGGUUGGAUUACUAUUAACGAGCCGGUUAUUGUAUGUGACUUUGUGUACAACUCGGGAAUAAUAGCACCUCCCAUCAAAGACCCAGGAUUCGCUAACUACCUUUGCACCAAGUUUCUUUUGCUGGCCCACGCUAAAGCUUGGAGAAUCUACGAUAAAGAAUUUAAACCCAAGUACAAUGGUAAGGUCGGUAUAACAAAUCACCUCAUUUGGAUGGAACCUUUUUCUAAUGAAUACGAAGAACUGACUGAGAAUUUACGUCAUUACUUGGCUGGAUUGUAUUCCCAUCCUAUAUAUACAAAAGACGGUGGAUGGCCACCAGAAAUAGAGAAGAUAAUAGCAGAGAAUAGUAAGCGGCAAGGGUACCCACGCUCGAGGCUGCCUGCGUUCACCCAAGAAGAAAUCGACUUCAUUAAAGGGACAUAUGACUUCUACGGUUUUAACUUCUACACAAGCAGACUAGUCCGUAAAGCUAGAGAUGGAGAAACCCUCUCAAACUGGCCGCUGGAAAAUGGCUGUCCAGAGCUCAGUGCGGCCAUGGAAGUCCACCCCUCUUGGAAAAAAACGGAAUCAGAUUGGUUCUGGAUUAACCCGGUCGGCAUUCGAAAGAUGUUGGGUUGGCUGAAGAAAACGUACGGAGACAUGGAAAUCUUCAUCUUGGAGAACGGACUUGCUACUAAGGACUACAACUUGAAUGAUGAAGAUAGAAUUAAGUACUACAGAGACCAUUUGGAACAGAUAUGGCUGGCGAUCACUGAAGACGGUGUCAACGUAACACGGUACACUGCGUGGACGUUGGUGGAUAAUUUUGAGUGGAUUUUCGGGUAUUCAGUCAAAUUCGGCUUGUACGAAGUGGAUUUCGAGGAUCCGAAACGCAAGCGUACCCCACGCGCGUCGGCAAAGUAUUACAAAGAAGUCAUACGAACUCAUUCCUUUGACGUAGCAAACAAAAAUAAUUAUGAUGAGCUGUAG